UAGAGAGCUUAACUACCUGAAAGCUGAAAGCCUUAGCGUGGAGCUCAGUACUCGGGUACUUACGCCUCCUUCUUCUUCCUCCUGCCUCUCUCUUUCUCCUUUUUGCCCGAGACACCAGAAUCGGGCUGGAGGACGCUCAUUGUCUCUUCUACGCAGGAAGCUUUUAUAUUGGAUGGAGCUGAAACCGCUGCUGCCGCUGCUGCUGCUGUGAUCAAGCUGUCCAAUUCCAGCAACAGUUGAUUAAACUAGAGGAAAAAGGAGAAAAAAAUUAUUGCGAGAGCGAAAUAUAUGGCUGCUCACCUGGUGGUGCCUUCUUUCCAGCAACAGCAGCAGCAGCAUCCGCAACAGCACCAGCUCCACCUCCACCUCCAGCAGCAAAAGCGAGAAGAACACGAGCCCGAGCAGCGCAAUGGUGCCUGGCAUAACGCACCACCAGUUAUAGCUCCUGGAGCUGGCUGGCCAAUGGCUUGGAAGAGCCACCACCAAAGAGCAGCAGCACCGGGAGCAGCAGCGGUGGAUCAUGAGUCCUGGGAGGUGAGAGCGUUUGCCGAAGAUGCUGCAAGUUGUAGCGAGCAGUGGCCUCCUCGAUCCUACUCAUGCAGCUUCUGCGCACGGGAAUUCCGCACCGCUCAAGCUCUGGGAGGACACAUGAACGUCCACAGGCGCGAGAGAGCGUAUGCCAAUCAGCUCGGCCUCUUGCGCUCCUCCACCAACAAUCCAGCGUCUGCCAGUGCUCCGGGUGAUUCUUCUACCAGCGCCGCAGCACCUGCAUUGGGACUUUGCUGGCUCUAUCCUGUUCCAGCCCCGGCAAACGGCCCCGGUGUCUGCCACCAAGUCCCCACUACUUCAACCGUCACCACCACGUCUCCGCAAAACAGCUCGGUCUCGAGACUCCAGCAGGUUGACAGCAAGAACCGUUUUGGGGCAUUUCCUCCACCUCCGUCGUGUCCGGCUUCCACAAUCGACCGCAAAAAGAUGCUGCAGGACUACGACCCGAAUGUAGACCUGGAGCUUCGCCUGGGACAAGCUCUGUAAGGGAGGGAAGUAAGCUCAAUACAGCAGCUCUCAUAUACCAGCCAGCCGUAGCACACACGCAUCCGAUAGCAAGCACGCCAAGCAACUCCACGAAAACGAGCUCUUUGAUCCAAUCAGGUGACCACCAAGAAGGGAAAGAGCAACUGCACAAAAAAAAAGGAGAUAGGCAAUAAGAACACACAGCAGGCAGACACGCAUUCAUUCAGGUACUACACUUUCCCUUCCCCUUUUUCUUCACUAUGCUGUUGCAAAAUCGAGAUAACAAGAGCUCAGCUCUAGUCUAAGUGUGCGUGUAUCAACGCAGCGAACGACAGAGUGAGGAAAAAAGAAGAAAAGCUACAGAAAGAAAAGAAAAAAAGCAACAAAAAAAGAAAAAAAGACAAAAAGGAAAGGAAAGAGAAGAAGAAAUGGUUGAUUGAUUGACGAGAUUAUUUUCUAACAUAACCCACAACCAAGUAUCCCAAGAACACAAGAAGCAAAGCGAGAAGAAUUCUUUUCCACUGUGAUCGAUCGAUCGAUCGAGAUCGAGAUUUUUUGUCGAGCUGAAACUGUACAGAAUUACUGAAUAAAAACGGAUGUUGCCGGCUGCAAGAGCCUUUAUGACGCAUUUUGUCGGAUUGAUUAGGCUCGAGUGGAAGGAAAAACAAAGAGGCUGAAAGCUGACCGCUUGGCUUGUUCUAUCUAGUUGCUCAUCGAUUGCUCGAUCGACACUAGCCGCGAGCUGGAAAGAAGAACAAAAAUUCAAGCAAGAAAGCCAAGCCAA